AUGCCUCCCACGGGUGUCGCCAUCCUCCUCGGCGCUGGGCCCACAACCGGUUCGGGUAUUGCCCGUGUCCUCGCCCGGCCAUCCCAAGGAAACCUCGCUGUCGCCCUGCUCUCGCGCAGUGGCGAUGUCCAGCUCGCCGAGCGCCUGUCGCGCGAGUCCGACGGCGGGGUGCUCAAGGCGUUCAGAACCGACACUACCGAGCAGAGCCUGAGUAAUGUGUUUGAGGAGAUCAAGAAGUGGUCUGAAUCGCUGGGCCAGGACGUGAAGUUGAAAUUGGCCAUCUGGAGCAUCAAACACUCGCACAAGACGCCCUUCGAGGAGGAAUCCGCCCAGCGUUUUGGCGGUAGCUUGCAGACCUACGUCACCGGGGCCAUGGUUUUCAGCCAGCUGAGUCUCAAAUGGAUGCUCGCACAGUACCCAGCGGAUGUCGAGAAGAGUUCAGCAAGUGGAGGUGAGGAAAUGAUCAAAAAGGGAACCUUGAUCUUCACUGGAACCUUGGGCGCUUUGAGAACCAAUCCCGGCUACGCCGCGUACGGGGCCGGACGAGCGGGCGUGAGGAUGCUGGCCCAGAGUCUGGCCAGGGAGUAUUCCGCCAAGGGUGUUCAUGUGGUUCACGCGAUUGCCAAUGGCGGUAUCGUCGAUGUCGAUGCAUCUGUCGGCGCGGAGGGAGAUGACGCGAAAGCCAAAGAGGCCAAAGUCGCUCUAGGAGAAAGGAUCCGCGCGGAAAGCGUGGGCAGAUUGUACCUGGAGUGUAUGCGCCAGAGCUGCGACUUGUGGGUCCACGAGUUAGACAUGAGGCCUGCGAGGGAGAAGUUUUGA